AUGGCUGACAACAACAACAUCCCAAAUCCUGAUCCCUUCGUCCUGCAACAGCUGAUCGAGGAGUCCACCUGCGAGGGGACGAAUCGUCAUCAGCGGGAAGGACAGCAGCACACCCCUGCCGGGCAGAGAAGGCCGAGGCAUGAGACCUCACAACCCAGGGGGCAGCAGAUCCAGAACAUCCAGCAACUGCAGGGCCUCCAACAGGUUCAGAACGUUGAACAAGUUCCUCCCGAGGGACACGUUCAGAACGGGGAGGACGAGCAGGCUCGACCCCGAAAUGGACCAGAACGGCCCCAGAAUGAGAAUGAGACUGACGCCAGAGACGGGCAUGUUGCCUCCUCGUUCACCCACACCUCCGACAGGCGAAGAGUCUGCCACGAAGAAGAGGAAGAGCAGAUCAACAUCCCCGAGGGUGCUGACCCCACCACCGCCCUCUUGCUCAAGGAACUGCAGAAGACAAACAGCCUCCUCCGACUUCAAGACAACCGCAUCCACGAGCUGGAAAGGAAGCGACGAUACCGCUCCCCUCCGCGGAGGCGCUAUCAGUCGCGUUCUUAUUCCUCCUCGCGCUCACCACCGAGGAGACACCGUCGGCGUUCCCCAUCCUCCUCACGCUCUCCGCCUAGAAGAUACCAUCGCCGGGGAUCAUAUUCCAGCUCUCCACCACGAAAGAGCAGGAGAAAUCAGAGACCUGAAGUCACUGAAACAGGAAGCCUCUCCCCUGAACGGGAUCACCGAGGCCCUUCCAAAGCUGUGCUGAAACCCCGCGAACAAUCCCCUCCCCGGGACAACCGCACGAGUCCAGACAAAAUCCAAGGAAAGCCCCGGCGAGACAGACACUCAACCUCCCCGGGACCAAGUGACGAAGAGGACUUCCGCAGCCCUUUGUCCGAAAGUAUCCGGAGAGCCCGUCUCCCACGGGGGAUGGAGAAACCACCAGUUUUGGACCAAUACGACGAAACAACUGACCCUGACGACCAUAUUCGGAGCAUCGAAGCCAUCAUGGAUUAUCAUGUCGUCCGGGGAUCCAUCAAAUGCCGCAUCUUUCCGACCACCCUCAGGAAAGGAGCGAUGACUUGCCUCCCGCCGGCAACCAAAGUCGGAAGCGAAUCUCGAGGCCGUGAUCCAAGGAGCCAACGAACCUCUUCGAGAUUACCUAGAUAG